AUGCGUUCCACCAGGCGUUGGUUGCCCCGUGAAGGGUUCAAUGCGGAUGUUGUGUCGCGGGUUAUCAAAGGGACAGUGUUGUCGCCGUCGCUGACGCUGCCGUUAUUACUACUCGCCCGGUACACGGACAAAGGCCAGGAUUACAGUAGUAGGCGACCGCUCGCCCUUCGUAUUCUUAAAAUCUUGGUAUCACUUGGGCUAUGUCGCUGGCUUAAUGGCUGGGUUACUCGUCGGGCUUUGAACAAUUGGGUCUCAGAUACAUAUAACUGGAACGCCGAGGUUGCCGUUGUCACUGGUGGAAGUGACGGAAUUGGCCAGAAGAUCGCACUGUUGCUUGCUGCGCGGGGGGUCAAAGUCGCCAUCUUGGAUAUCCAAGCGCCAAAAUAUGACACUCCGGCCAAUGUCCAGUUCUACCCGUGCAACAUAUGUUCCCAGGAAGAAAUCGCGAGCGCCGCUCAGAGCAUCCGAGACGAGAUGGGUGAGCCCACCAUCCUGGUUAACAACGCCGGGGUUCUGAAGGGCAAGACGGUCCUUGGUACUACCGAUGCGGAUAUCCGCCAGACUUUCGAGGUGAACACGCUAUCUCACUAUUGGCUUGCGCGAGAGUUCCUGCCGUAUAUGGUUUCCCGAAAUCACGGAAUGGUGGUGACAAUCGCAUCGCUGGCGGCCUACGUUACCAGCAGCAAUAUGGUCGACUACGCCUCUAGCAAGGCUGCUGCUCUCACGUUCCACGAAGGUCUGGCCACCGAGUUGAAAACUCGCUAUAACGCCCCCAAAGUGAGGACGGUGGUGGUGACCCAAGGCUUUGCGCGCACCUCCCUGGUGAACGUUAUCAGCCCGGAGAAUACGUGGUUUAACCCCCUGCUGGAAGCAGACAGCGUUGCCGAAGCUGUCGUGCAGCAGAUCCUUAGCGGGUCCAGCGGGCAUAUUAUCAUGCCCGGCUCGUCCGGAUCGCUUGCGAGCAAUAUCAGGUCCUUUCCACAUUGGCUGCAAAAUAGGGUAAGGGACCGGGUUGGGUUCUUGACGAGCCCGCCGGGUGGAAAUUAG